CAAAUCAGCAUUAGACUAGGAACUCCGCCUAUUCAGAGCUAUCCAAUCGAAAUGUAGUUGUGUACAGCUCGGAAUAAUGUCCGGGUGAACAUGCCAUGUGGGAAAGAUAGGGAGCUGAAAAUCCAAGCAUUUCUAGCGUGAUAAUACGUUUUUCGACCAAUUGACAAUCUACCAAUUGCUACCGUUACACAUGUAUAAUGUCCUGCAUGUUCCUGAAUCUUAGCUAGCUUGUUCAAAGCUAAUCGAAAGUAUUCUAACGUUAGUUUGUUUACAAGUAGCUAGCUAGCUACUGAUAUAGACCUAGCAAGUGUUAAAGAUGAGUCUUCUACCUCGCACUGCCGAGGAGUUCAGUUCUGCAGAGUACUGGGAACGCUUCUUCAAGAAGAGAGGAGAGAAGGCUUUUGAGUGGUAUGGAGACUACAACAAACUCUGUGGCGUGCUGCACAAAUACAUCAAACCGCGGGAUAAGGUCUUGGUGGUGGGCUGUGGUAACUCUGAGCUGAGUGAGCAGCUGUAUGACGUUGGCUACAGACAUCUGACCAACAUUGACAUUAGUGAGACGGUGGUGAAUCACAUGAAUCAGAAGAAUGCCAAGCAGCGCCCAGACCUGACCUUCCAGACAGUGGAUGCCACCCAGACACCCUACGAGGACGGAAGCUACCAGGCUGUACUGGACAAGGGGACACUGGACGCCAUGGCCUCCCAGGAGGGGGCUCUAGCUGGGAGGAUGCUGGCUGAGGUGGGCCGUGUCCUGGGUAUAGGAGGCCGCUACGUCUGUGUGACCCUGGCCCAGGAGAGUGUCAUCAAGCUGGCUGUGGAGCACUUCAUCCAGGUGGGCUGGGCUGUGAGACUUCAUUGUCUGGGUGACCCAGAGAGCCAGGAGGUCUCUUCCUUCGCUCUGCCUGUCUUCGUAUUAGUUUGCACAAAGUUCCGCCAGCCAAUGCCCAUGCCCAUCCUGGAGAUGUGCCAAGGGGAGGAUGGUGACCCCGUGAGGCUUCCCGUGGUGGGAGACCUGCUGUCUGUGGUGAGAGAGCGCCAGGCGUACGCCAUGCUGAGACAGAGGCUCCGUACAGGUACAGACGCGACCUCUACCCCCUCGUUGACCCUCUGCCACGCCCCCACUGGGCGACCCCGCUACACCCUCACCAUACAGGACUGCCCCCCUGGUGCCAAGGUUCCCCGUGCAAACCACUUUGCCAUCUUCAUAGUGCCUCAGGGCAGAGAGACUGAUUGGCUGUACGGCUUGGCCGAGGGGCGGGGCCAACUAGCGGCUAGCGCUAACUUCAGACGUCUGGUUGUCGUGGCCAUGCACAGAGAGCAGGAGUAUACUGACAUGCAGGCUGUCCAAUCAGAGCUCUCCCCCAUGGUGAUGGAACUCGCCCCCCCUGGGAUGCCAGCCAAUCAGAAAGUUCCGUUCCUGUCGGUGGGAGGUGAGCUGGGUUGGAGGGAGGUGGUGAGUCAUGGUACCAGUGAUCUGAGUGGUCAGUACUCUGUAGAGGAUGUGAGAGGAGAGGAUGGUCAGCUCUACCGUAGACUGGUGUUCCUGGGUAAUGACGGACUGGUCCAGUCAGAGAGCCGCCUCACUAAUCCAGCAGCAGCAGCCUCGUCUCAGAAGAAUAAAAAGAGCAGAAGGAAAGCCAAGCCCUCUGCCCCUCCCCCCAUGACAACCCCAUCCCAGACACCAGGUGGCGCCCUGGAGGUGGACAAAGGCUAUCUAUGCUGUGCCCACCACAGGGUCAUGGUGGCUGGCCUCGCCAUGCUAGGAGUGGGCACCGACCACAACAAAGAUGUGUCAGUGCUCCUGGUGGGACUGGGUGGAGGAGGGCUGCCCCAGUUCCUGCGGGACUUUGUACCUGGAGCCAGGGUGGAGGUGGUGGAGCUGGAUCCAGCAGUACUGGAGGUGGCUCAGGGAUGGUUCGGCUUCACACCUGAUGACAGGCUCACUGUCACACUGGGAGAUGGACUGGAACACAUUAACAACAUUGAGAGAGAAGGUGGUCAUCAGUAUGAUGUCAUCAUGUUUGAUGUGGACAGUAAGGACCCCAGUUUGGGCAUGAGCUGUCCUCCUCCUGCCUUUGUAGAAACAGCCUUCCUGGAGAGAGUUGGCAAUCUGCUGACAUCUCAAGGUGUGUUCAUGUUGAACCUGGUGUGUCGUGACUCUGCAUUGAAGAAGAGUGUGUUGGGUCGUGUGCGGGGUGUGUUCCCGCGUGUGCUCUCCCGGGGCAUCGAGGGGGAGGUCAACGAGGUGCUGCUGUGCUCCAGGGGAACGGGGGAGACAGGGGUCCCGCCCAGCCUGCUGAAGGCAGGGAAGAAUCUACAGGUAGCACUGGGCAUGAACAGCAGUAGAGCAGCAACCUGCAUCCCUCAGAUAGACAUCACUGAGCUGCUAGAGGACCUGAAUGUGGCAUGAGGGAGAGGGGAUGAGGAGAAGAGGACAAUGUGAAAAAGUAUCAUUUUAAUUCUCAAAAUGCUACAUGCAAUGUAUGAAAUAAAAAUGUUCAGAUGUAUACUGAACAAAAAUAUAAA